UGAGAAAUCGGAUACUGACGCCACAAUUGCGCUGGUGCUGUUUUGUCACGGAAGGCCCGAAGCGAACUGCAAUAUUAGUGGCAAACCGAGCCUGCCGACAGGCCGUGGUGAUCAGUGUUAGGCUUAACUGUUUGCUUUAGUCGUGACUGGAGUUGAAAAGCGUGCCUGUGGCUAUUAACAAGCGAUUCUGCACACGCCGGACGCAGGUGGCGAUGGCGAAGCGAGCCAAGCAAGCCAAUUUCUCGGAUUCCGAGCAUUCUGAAAGUGAUGGAUCAUCGUCGAACUCGAGCGAGCGGAAGCCAUUGUCAAAAGAAAGCAGCGGAGCAAAACUUGCCAUGAAAAAGCAACCGAAGAUGAUUGACACGAUAAUCGACGCAGUGGAUAACGUUGAUGACAGGAAAGGUGCAACUCCCAUGUACAUAAAGAAAUUCAUACUCGGCAAGUACCCUGAAAUGGAUACUCAGCUUUUCAAGGCGAGAUUCAAAAGGACCUUCAUAAAGGCAAUCGAGAACCACGUGCUGGUAAGGACAAAAGCAACGGAACACGCUGAAGGCAUGACCGGGCGGGUCAAGCUGGCGGCGAAGACGAAGCCUCGCAAAAAAAUUACGUCUCCAGGUUCCUCGACGGCAGCAUUGCCUUCAGCUCCAGGGCAGUCAUCGAACGCCGCAGGUAAGAAGGCUAAACGUGGUGACGUCAACGCGAAGGCCAAGGCUGCCCCCGGCGAGGCGAAGGCCAAGAAGGCUCCUCCCGGCGAGGCGAAGGCCAAGAAGGCUCCUCCCGGCGAGGCGAAGGCCAAGAAGGCUCCUCCCGGCGAGGCGAAGGCCAAGAAGGCUGCUGCCGGCGAGGCGAAGGCCAAGAAGGCUGCUGCCGGCGAGGCGAAGGCCAAGAAGGCUGCUGCCGGCGAGGCGAAGGCCAAGAAGGCUGCUGCCGGCGAGGCGAAGGCCAAGAAGGCUGCUGCCGGCGAGGCGAAGGCCAAGAAGGCUGCUGCCGGCGAGGCGAAGGCCAAGAAGGCUGCUGCCGGCGAGGCGAAGGCCAAGAAGGCUGCUGCCGGCGAGGCGAAGGCCAAGAAGGCUGCUGCCGGCGAGGCGAAGGUCAAGAAGGCUGCUGCCGGCGUGGCGAAGGUCAAGAAGGCUGCUGCCCGCAAGCCAAGUACCUUGAACACAAUCAAGGCAACCAACGACGUGGGAGAGCGCUCCAGCGAAGGCGACGACGUGGCAGAGCGCUCCAGCGAAGGCGACGACGUGGCAGAGCGCUCCAGCGAAGGCGACGACGUGGCAGAGCGCUCCAGCGAAGGCGACGACGUGGCAGAGCGCUCCAGCGAAGGCGACGACGUGGCAGAGCGCUCCAGCGAAGGCGACGACGUGGCAGGGCGCUCCAGCGAAGGCGACGACGUGGCAGGGCGCUCCAGCGAAGGCGACGACGUGGCAGGGCGCCCCGGUGACGACGAGGAGACGGAUGAGCGCUCCGGCGAAGACGAGGAGGCGGAUGAGCGCUCCGGCGAAGGCGAGGAGGCGGAGAAAAGUGCCAAUGAAAACGAGAAACGUGCCAGCGAAGGCGAGGAGGAGUAUAGCGCCAGCGAAGGUGAAAUGAAGAAUCACGCAAGCGAAAGCGACGAGGAGUCGGCCACCAUCACCUCCAAAAAAAGUAGAGACGCCGAAGCUAAACCGAUCAGAGGUGCCACUUCAAAGAUGACUUCGGGGCAGCAGAAGUCUGGAAAGAUAGUCAGUCGCCGCAAAGCUGUGGACGAGGUCGGAGAGUUAAACAUCGCGGCAAUUGUGUCCGAGUCCGAACCAGCACGGCCCCGUGCAAGACCAGCUCGUCGAGGAAAGAAAUGAAAAUCGAAACAUUCAACUCCAUGCUCCAUACCAUGUUACGCUUUUAUUUGCACGUUUUUAUCAUUGCCUAAUGACAAAUUUUAUGGAGUGGCGCGAAACGCUUGGUUUUGAAAUUGUUUGAAGCACACCUAGCUGAAUGCACAUGUGGCUGGAAAAUAAAAGUUCAUUCGCUACCUUGUA